AGCUGGCUGAUUGUUAAAUCACAACUUCUGGCGUCAGAAGCAGAACGGGUGUUUGGAAGAGAGGUGAAAAUAACAACUGAAGGAAGGCGACAUCUGGGCGCAGUUAUUGGUUCUACAAAUUACAAAGAAGAGUACUGCAACGAAAAGGUCAACAGUUGGAGAGAAGAAAUCGAAGCACUAAGUGAUAUUGCAAAAAGUCAACCUCAUUCAGCCUAUGUUGCUUUCACAAAGGGCUUCAAAUCGAAGUUUACAUAUUUUAUGCGAACGAUAAGCUCCUUUGAAGAUUAUAUUAACCCUAUCGAGGAAGCCAUAAGUGAGUUGUUUCUCCCAGCCUUGUUCGGCCAAGAAGAGCCUCUGCCUGAAGAAUUGCACGAAGUUAUCACACUGUCCCCUGCACAAGGAGGUUUAGGGAUACCUGCAUUAAGUGAAGAAGCGCCACAACAGUACGCAGCAUCGACGUCAAUAACACGUCCACAUGUGGAGGCAAUAUUAUCGCAAUGCACUUCCAUGCCAGAGAUCACUAAUGAGAUAAAAACGAACAGCAGUCAAUCAAGAGGGCAAAUGCCAAUGCAAAAAGAGAACGUAUCGACGAGUCUCUCCCAGCCGAUCUCCUACUUCUUGUUAAACAAGCGCGGGAUAAAGGAGCAAGCUCAUGGUUAA